CGGGGCCGGGACCUGGACCGGGAUCGGGAUCGGGACCGGGACCGGGACCGGAGCGAUGCAGAAAUACGAGAAGCUGGAGAAGAUCGGGGAAGGCACCUACGGAACCGUGUUCAAGGCCAAGAACCGGGAGACGCACGAGAUCGUGGCGCUGAAGAGGGUCCGGCUGGACGAUGAUGACGAGGGGGUGCCCAGCUCGGCGCUGCGGGAGAUCUGCCUGCUGAAGGAGCUGAAGCACAAGAACAUCGUCAGGCUGCACGAUGUCCUGCACAGCGACAAGAAGCUGACCCUGGUCUUCGAGUUCUGCGACCAGGACCUGAAGAAAUACUUCGACAGCUGCAAUGGGGACCUGGACCCCGAGAUCGUCAAGUCGUUCAUGUUCCAGCUGCUGAAGGGUCUCGCCUUCUGCCACAGCCGCAACGUCCUGCACCGGGACCUCAAACCCCAGAACCUGCUCAUCAACCGGAACGGGGAGCUGAAGCUGGCGGAUUUCGGGCUGGCCCGCGCCUUCGGCAUCCCCGUGCGCUGCUACUCGGCCGAGGUGGUGACACUGUGGUACCGCCCGCCCGACGUGUUGUUUGGGGCCAAACUGUACUCCACCUCCAUCGACAUGUGGUCGGCAGGGUGCAUCUUCGCAGCUCAAGAGGAUUUUCCGGCUGCUGGGCACCCCCACGGAGGAGCAGUGGCCAGCCAUGGCCAAGCUGCCCGAUUACAAGCCCUACCCCAUGUACCCCGCCACCACCUCCUUGGUCAAUGUGGUGCCCAAGCUGAAUGCCACCGGCAGGGAUCUGCUGCAGAACCUGCUGAAGUGCAACCCCGUGCAGCGGAUCUCGGCAGAGGAAGCCCUGCAGCACCCCUACUUCACCGACUUCUGCCCCCCCUAAGCCCCCCCCCUGGCUCUGGGAGGCAAGGGGCAGCCCUCCCCCAGCGCAGCCCCCUGCCCCCCCUAUUUAUUAGGUUUUUAACCCAACGCUCUGCCCUGGCUGGGGGGGAAGGGGAGGGCUGGUGCGACCCCCCCAUCUCCCCCAACCCCAAACCCUGCGGUGGGGCUGGGGCUGCCCUGGGGGGCAGCUGAGACCCCGCAGAGCCCCCCCGGGGCCACGAGGCUGGUGGAGGGGCAGGACCCUCCGGGACCAGGCAGGACCCCCCCACUCCUCUCCCUGCUCCCCCCAGCCCCUUCCCUGACAGGGCAGGGGGGUCCAGGGGGGACGUCCGGGGGGGGCACCCCAUUUCUUUUCUACUGUGCUGCUGUAUGUGCGUGUUUAUUACCUCCAUAAAGAGCUUCCCCCCUCCCCA